UAACCCGACCAAAGCCAGAAACCCCUAUUAAAAGUUGAUAGUAAACUAGAGCGCUGCACAAAACCCCUAAACCUAAACCUAACGAAAACAAGAUGAAGAAGAUCAAGAAAGAAUCAUCAUCAGAGUCUCCUCCUUCAUUUUUGUCGUUACCGCACGACAUCGUUUUCAACACUCUGGCAAGGAUCCCUCGAACCAGUUAUCCAAUUCUAUAUCUUGUCUCCAAGAGUUUCCGUUCACUCCUCGCUUCGCCUGGCCUCGAGGCCGCACGAUCACUCAUCGGAAGACCCGAGAAGUACCUCCACGUCUGCUUAAACCUCAAUAACAAACGUAACCCUAACCCUAGGUGGUUCAUACUUUCCCAAGGUGAGUUGAUACCAACCUCUUCGUUUCCCUACAAACAUCUCAAGUCCUCGAGUGUUGUCUCAACUGGUUCUUGUACUUACAUAAUCGGCGGUGAAAUCGUGGUGAAUGGAAGAAAAAAAGGAAGCAAAAGAGUGUUUCUAAUCGACUGUAAAACUCAUCAGUGGCGUAAACUCCCCAACAUGCGUCUUUCUAGAAAACAAGCAGUCGUUAAGGUGAUGGACGGUAAGAUCUAUGUGAUUGGAGGCUGCAGCAGCGAGUACUCUACCAAAGACGAGAACUAUGGAGAGGUUUACGACCCAAACACACAAACUUGGGAGCCCACAACACCCAAUCUCAGAAGUAAAAAAGGCUAUUACAGUUCUAAGAUUUGCUUCCUAGAUUCAGAUUCUUUCUGUUCCACCAGGUUGUCCUCGGUAGAGUUAGAGAAAAAGUUGUGGUUUGUGGUUCGCGAUGGUGAACUACGUUGCGGUGGCUUAUCUUGGUGGACUACAGUUCGGGGACUUAAAGCAAUAUUAUCCUCUAAUGAUCUUAUUUCCGUGACGAACUCUGGCCAAGACAGGAGAGUUAUAGUUUGGUGGAAGACUAGUUAUAAUGCUGAGGAAUGUGAAACUGAGAUUUGGUGUGCACAGAUUUUAAUUGGGAUUUGGGAUCAGAAGACGGUUAAUGGAUUCAUAGAGUGGUCUCAGAGUGCGUUUACCUUCCAGGGAUGUCAUCGUGAUUCCGAAUUCAUUUUGCAUUCUGCUUUAGUAACUCAUGCUUAUUGAGUUUUGUUUUGAUUUUGA